AGUGCCCAAAAACGAACCGGAGUCGUAUGUGUGAACUGUAACACGAACACAACGACACUGUGGAGGCGAAACGGUGGUGGUGAACCGGUCUGUAACGCCUGUGGACUCUACUACAAGCUGCAUCAGGUGGAGAGACCGUUGACAAUGAAGAAAGACGGUAUCCAGACACGAAAUCGGAAAAUGUCCACCGAAAGGCAAGAAACCCAAGCAGGAUUGGAUGAUCCAGUGCUACCAGAUUAA